UGUAGCAGCCCGACAUCAACAAACAAGCAAGUGCACAAGUUCAAGUGUGUGGAAAGGUGACAAUUAGUCAAAUUCUGAUUCGUGAAACCCUUGUCAUGGCAUAUGUCAUCCUCAUUUAUGAUCUUAAACUGCCACUCAUACUUCCUGCCCCUGCAUUCAGUAUUUUUCUGUCAUGAUCAUAGCAUUAUUCCAAAACUAACCUGACAUCGGACAAUAAUUCAAUAAUGGACAAUGAUGAGGAGGUUAUACUCAAGGGAUCUGCUCUUUACGACUACUUGCAUGAAACUGGGUUUAAAAACUUUGAAUCCUAUGAAUUGAAUCACAAUAAAUCAAGAUGGUUUUUGACUGGACCUGGAAACUACGAGUGUCUGCAAGUCACUCGACCAGCUCCUCAAUGGUCACUGGAUCACUUAGACUCCAUUUUGAACUGUGGACUUCUACUUGAAGACCACCGUCACUUCAUUGAAUGUUACUACCCCCUUGAAACAAAGAAAAAUUCUUCAAUCGUGAAAAAAAUUGUUUUAGGAGGUGUUCAAUUUUUCUGUUUGGCUGGAGGCUUGUGGAAAAUUGCCUCAGCCCCAACCUCAAAACCAUUUAUCUUUGCUUCCUGUGCAACAGCUUCUCUCUUUGCUUUUGUCUAUGUAAAAGAAGCCCUGAGAAGGCAUUCAAUAUUGGAAGGAAUCAGCAAACUCAAGCAUACUUUAGAUGGGUUGGAAAAGGUGUAUGUUCAGUUCCGGAGAAUGCUACUCUUGGUGCAUCAAAAUGAGUUUAUCACCCAGAAUAUAUCAUUACGCCAAAGAGAAAUGGCCGAGCUGAAGAAAAAGUUGUCAGCCCAUUUAAAUGACAGUAUUCAUAAAUUAUUUGGCUUUUUAUCCGAUGUUAACACAGUUCCUUUGUCUGUUGAUGUUGAUGUAACACUCCAGUCAUUAGUCCCAGAAGAAAUCUAUCAAGAUGAUACAUACUCUCUAGACAGUUUAAAGAGAAUGUUUAACGGCUUCAUUCUUCUUCAAUCUGAAUUUUUGAGGAGGCUUGCUCUUUGCUACUGUCCUGACAUUUGGAGUUCAACUACACCCAAGGCAAUUUUUGCAUUUUCAAAGAAGAAGCUACCUGAAAUCUUGAAGUGGAGUGGUAAUAUUGAAGAGGCCCUAAUUCGAGAACAGCGAUUUUUCCGAGCGGUCAUGGAGUCAAAGGAGAAACAAAGCCAACUCAAGUUACCAAAAACAAAUUGGGACUUUGCUGAUCUCUAUGUUUUGAUUCGGAGUGCGUCUAUCAAUUUCCAGUCUCUUCUUAUACAAAUUCAAGGUUUGCAAGAUAUUCUUGAGAAUGAGGCAUGUGAUCAAGGCAAGGAGAAUGAAGAGUUACUCAACACCAUUGCUCUAAUUUUAUCAGAGAUUAUGAAAGACAUUAGCUCUGGUCAGUCUUGCAUUGAUGCUAGCUUUGUCCAAACACACAAAAUGAUGAGUGCAAAUCAACCAGCUGUGAAGCUCUGUGAACUGGAAUCUGUUCCACGAUUGGCAGCAAAUCCUGAAGAGCAGAAAAGUGCCAUAGUCAAUCCUUCAGUUGAAGAUGAAGUUUUUGAGCUUAUUGUCCCUCUUGAAGGAAAAGAUGAAUCUGAUGAAGAUAAUUUUGAAGAAAUUUCUGCUGAAUUUCGUAUUAAGAGGAGGGAAGGAGAAACUUCAAAAAGAGUACUUCAAGAACUUAAAACUGUUUUGGUGAAAAAAGCUGAGGAGUGGAAGGAAAGGGAAAAACGUGCCAUGGCAGCGAAAGGUAUGACCUACACUGCGCCAGACCAGGUCAAAGUAGAACCAGAAGUGCAAAAAGUGACAGAGGAAGUUGAUUUUCCCACCAGUGACGAAUCCCUUGAUUUUCUUCCUAUAAACUGUGAUAAUGUUUGGCCACUCCCGAGGUUAAAGGCUACUGUGCGUUCUCACCGUAUUCGUGAGAGAAAAACUAGCCAUUCUGAGGCUUCCAAGCAUCAUUUUGAGACGGUAGAGCCGAUACCUCUUGCACCUGUGAACAUGGGUGAACAAGAACCAGGUGCUCAAAGUGAAGUUCCACGAAUGGGCUUUGGGGCAUCGUUGUUAGCUGAGGCCAUGGCCAAAUCUAGAGCUAUGCGUUUGCGUAACUCAAGGAAGGAGGACAUAUUUGUUGUAUCUGAUGAAGAAAAUUCUAGUGGGGAGUAACAUUUGCAAUUAAUUGGAAAAAAAUUAUUACGAUUCUUGCCUGUGUUCUAGUCCAUUAUUGUUAUAAAUAAAGUCAAAUUUAAUUUUAUUGCAGGAAUGAAUAAUUUUCUGAUUAUUGUUAUCUUGAAUGAGAUUAAAGAAAUGAUUUAGUUGCUGUUA